UGUGUGUGUGUUGGUUUUUGUGGUUUAUGAGGACUUUUGGCCUGACUUUUCACCUACAGCACGGGGACCCAGGUGAUCUACAGGGACUUACCCAAAGUCCCUGUAAAUCGAGCAAUGUAUUCAUGCUCAGGAGGCUCUAAAAUACCCCCUCUCUCUUUUUUAGCCAAAGACCCUAUAGGUCACUUCACCUGUUUUUUUGUGUAUAAUUGUGUAUGUCACUGCGCCCCUGGUUACUCUUGUGGUACUGCACCUUCAUACACAUUUCUGAUACACACGGUUGAAAAUGGCGGGCCUUUUUCUGAUUGGUUCAUGAAAAAGUGGGCGGGCUGAGGAUUUAGGGGGACGUAUACACGCGCCCCUUUAACUGCCUGGAAGCACGUGACAGCUGGAGGAGACCGUCUCUCAAUCAGGCAUAUUCCACGUAAGAAAAAAAGAAGAAUCAGGAAAAUCAAAUGAGUCCUGUCGACAACCCACCGAGACAGCAGUGUGACGUGCAUCAGGUGGUCUGUGCCACUGUAUCCAGUCUGGAGAAGUGUGCUGCCUGUGUGGGGCCUGUUGCAGCCUUCAAGUGGGGGGGAUACAAAUGCAAAACUUGUUUAAACGUCUGGCAUAAAAUAUGCCUCAGACGAACAAAGACAGACUUCGUCCAUGUGUCAGAGGUACAGUUUGAUGAUGGUUCUGUAGAUGAGCAGUUGCCAGGCAAUGGACCACCACAAAACAUAUCUGAGGAUGACACCAGUCAGUCUGAUGCAGACUUUGUGCCAGACUCUGUGGAAGAAUCUGAAGAUGACAUUCCAGUCAUUUCACCAUCGAAGAAAUUUAAAAAAACAUUUGCAGAACUAGUUAAUGACCUCAUCGGAACAGAUGAGAGCACCUCAGAUAGGCCCGGGUCCUCUAAAGAUCUGUUGCCUCCUGAAGACCCUGACAGUCCACCACCGAGACCAAACCUGAGUGAAGAAGUGAGUGGAGCAGAGCAUCAAGUGGAAGAAACAACUGCAGCGACGCUAAGUUCUAAAAACUCCUGCUUCAUUUGUGGAAAGUCUGUGAGAAAGAUGGCCCGUCAUCUGCAAACCCACUCAAGCAACUUAGAAGUUUCACAUGCUUUUUCAUUUCCCCCACACUCAAAAGAACGUAAAAAAGCAUUGGACAUGUUGAGGAACAGGGGCAACUUCCAACACAACACAGAGGUUCUACAAACUGGGAAGGGAGAGCUGAAAAUCAAAAGAAAGCCAGAUGGUGACCCAGUGAGAGAAAAAUUUAUCCACUGCAUCUAUUGCCAAGGCAUGUUUGUUCGGAAACAUCUGUGGAGACAUGUAAAGCGAUGUGCCCGUAAGCCAGAGGAUGAAGAACAACGGCCUGGGAGAAGACGAGUACUCGGUACUGCUGCCUCGCUGGAGUCUGCAUCCCAGCAACAGGUCUCCACUGGAGUAUGGAAGCUGUUAACUGCCAUGAACCAGGAUGAGGUCGCCUCAGUUGUGCGUAACGACUUGACCAUCGUUCAGUUCGCACAAUCCCUUGUCAACAAACAUGGACAAGACGCAACAAAAAAUGAAUACAUGAGGCAAAAACUCAGAGAAGUUGGCCGUCUGCUGCUGUGCCUACAGAAGGACUUCUCGGUGGCAAACAUGGAGGACGCCGUAAAACCACCAAACUUCCCAAAGGUUCUCAACGCAGUGAAAAAAGUCUCUGGGUAUCAGGAGCAAAACAACACAUACAGCACACCGAGUCUUGCGUUAAAAUUAGGACACACACUACACAAAAUUGCAGAUAUCGUUCAUUGCAGGGCUCUUGUGGCAGAAGACGAAGCGCUAAUGAAGUCCACCGAUAUGUUCAAGAAGCUGUACACCUCAAAGUGGUCUGAGGUCAUCUCACAUGGGGCCUUGACUACUUUAAGUGAUGCCAAGUACAAUAAGCCCUCCACUUUGCCCUUCACAGAAGAUGUCAAGUUGCUUCAUGGCUACUUGGAAAGGAAUGUGUCAACUGGUGUCAGUAAACUGAAAGAGGUGGCCUCCUGCCAGCACUACAGUGCACUUGCACAGAUCUUGCUGGCCCAAAUCAUCGUCUUCAACCGAAGACGUGCAGGGGAGGUCUCAAAGAUGCUGGUGGAGAGUUUUGAGAGUCGGGAUGAUCAUGAACUGCAUGAGGAUGUGGCACUGGGUUUGUCCAAGCUUGAACAGAGGCUCUGUAGCUACUUCUCCAGAGUGGAGAUCAAAGGGAAACGGGGUCGAAAGGUGGCAGUCCUCCUGACACCAAAAAUGGUCGAUGGCCUUUCUCUGCUUGUGAGCAAACGAGUAGAGUGCCACGUUUGUGCCUCAAAUGCAUUUCUGUUUGCCCGACCGAAAGCCAUGAGCCACUACCGUGGGCAAGAUGCACUCCGUGUUUGUGCUAAUCUAUGUGGCGCGAAGCACCCAGAGCACCUGAGAUCGACUCAGCUCAGGAAGCAUGUGGCGACACUCUCUCAAGUGCUCAACUUGAAACACAACGAACUGGAUCAAGUUGCCGAUUUCCUGGGUCAUGACAUCCGUGUGCACCGUGACUUCUACAGGCUGCCCGUGCCGACAACUCAGCUGGCCAAGAUUUCCAAGUUGCUGCUCACUCUAGAGAAGGGAACGCUGUCCAAGAUUCAAGGCAAGAGUCUGGAUGACAUUGAAAUCCAAGAUGAACUAGACACCAGUGACACCGAGGAGAUGGACGGUGGCAGUGACUCUGGUGAUGAGGCAGAAGUGUCCGGUUCAGGAAGCAGCACCAGCAAAUGCAUGGAUGCUGCGCCAGAGUGUUCAGCCACAGAACAAGUUGGCGACACAGAGGACUUCAAUGAAGCACUGGCUCCAGUGACAUCCAGUGUACAAGGGCCAACCCCUGUGUGUGGAGAACCUGACUCUGAUGCGGAACCAGACUCCGCUCAAACAAGGUCCAGACGGGUGAAGAAGAAGCCCUGGUCAAAGACUGAGGUGGCAGCAGUCAUGCGUCACUUCAGGAAACACAUUGAAGCCGGGAAACUGGCCGGUAAAGAUGAAUGCAGCCAGUGCAAACUGGCAGAGGCCCCACUGUUGGACCACCGGUCGGUUCAAAACAUCCGGGACUUUGUGAGAAACAGAGGGGUGACUGCAAAGAGGCAGGCCAAGAAAAAAUAACACCUUCAUUGGAUAUGUUCAUGCACUUACCUGCUUUGGGUUUUGUUCUUAGGACCAGUUCAAGGUCAUAAGUGGCUGCAGGUUUUCGUUCCAACCCAUCAAGCACACACAGGUGAACCGAUCAGGCUGAUGACAGUCCUCUGACAGGUGAAGCCAUGUGUGCCAGGUGGGUUGGAACAAAAACCUGCAGCCCUUUGGGACCAGUUUGGACUCCCCUCUCAUAAGCUGUGUUGUAAGCACUCAUACAUCAAUGUUCUGCUCACAAUCACAUGACAGGACUGGAAUGUGAUGGUGAGGAUAUGGAUCUGUGUUCGCUGUUCAGCUCCAGCCCCGGUGCUGCAUUAAAACAAAUGUCCCUCUAAGUCCUUAACUUGUGUGUAUUUUAUGUAAAUUAGAGGCGGGGUUUAGUUGAACUUUAAAGUCCUCAUAUUGCUGUUUAGGGUCCCCCUAAUGUACGUCCUCUAAAGCCACAACCCCAUCAGGUGGCUGUGUAUCAGCCUGUGAAGAGUGUAUCCGAACACCAGUGGGAGCAGAAUUUUUGUUAGAUUUUUAGAAGCUGUUCUGUCAUUGGCUGAGAGCUGUAGCACCUCAGGAAAGGGUAGUCCCCUUAAACCA